UGCCCAGCUCUGGCAUUUGAAUCGGAAUUUGACGGAUACCAAGGAGGAAUUUCUGAAACAAACAAAACAAUGGAAAUCAGCAUUAAGUGGAGCAUGUGCCGCACUUGCACCGCCAAGAAAGGCUUAAUGCUGCAGUCCCUCUUUAAGUCCGAGGCCCACAAGCAGUUGCUCUUAUAUGCAGGCAUAGUUGUGGAGCCGGAUGAUGGAUUGCCAGAUCAGAUUUGCUCGGAUUGUAUGGACAGGCUGGAGGACGUAGAUCGAUUCCUGCGCGAAUGCAAAAGGUCCGACGAGCACCUGAGAAGUUUAGUCCGCCAAACCAUGUCCUCGGCAGCGGCUUUUCAGACCAUUGAAAAUAAGGAUCCGCCUGUUGGUCAGAGAAAGCGUGCCAGAAAGCAGAACAUUUCAGAGAGACUCAUGGAAGAGAAGCCCCUAGUCAUCAAGACUGACGAAAGUCAGGAAAGCCAGGAAACGAAAGCCAAAUCAGUGGAAUCUGUACCCACAAAAAAACACCCAUCCCCGGAGGAGGCAGGACACUUCGUUUACGUUUUAAACGUCAAUACGGAUAGAGAGAAACCCACAAUCCCGGAAGACUACACCAUCAGUGGUUCAGUCAAGGACAGCAUAGAUGACAAUGACUUGGAAAGCUCAUCGCAGGACGAAACCGUCGUUAUAGACAGCAUGCAGGAGACCAGUGAGGAGUCCCAGAAAUCAGAGCAAGCCCCAGAAUACAAUGUUGAUCUAGGUGUGGUCUGUGUGCCUGACAAGUAUAGAUGCAGGAUAUGCCACAAUUCAUACGCAUAUCUCUCACAGCUCAAAGUACACAUGACAUUUCACCGUAAUGAGAAGGGCCACGAGUGCGAGGUUUGCCGAAAGACAUUCAGAGCGGCAUGCAACCUGAAAACUCAUAUGCGAACACACACCGGUGAAAAGCCCUAUAAAUGUUCAUAUUGUACUCGCCGAUUUACUGAUUGCAGCACUCAUCGCAAACACGAACGCACGCACACGAAUGAAAGACCUUAUGCUUGCAACAUUUGCGGAAAAACCUUUUCACUUUCCACCUCCCGCAAGGCCCACUACCUCCUGCACAGUGCUGAUAAGCCCCACAAGUGCCUCACUUGCGACAAGGCUUUUCGCCUGAAACACCAGCUCACGGCGCACGAGAAGACGAAUGCGCACUAUCUAGGUGUGACGUCAGUUAUCGAAGACAGCGACAUGAUGGAAUAGCUAAAAAAUAAAAAUCUAUGAAAAGCC